CAGACACAGUCACCUCCAAAACCAGCCUGCCGAGUCACGUCACCCAAAAAGCAGAACCAGAUUACAAUAAAUAGACCAUCGCUACUAUGCCUCCACACAAUCGCCAUGAUGAGGUCCCGUCUUCAGGUCUGUGUGCUGGGGCUGAUGAUGUUGUGGGUCCACUGUGAAAAUCCCAGCUCUCUCAGCGGAGCGUACUUGGACGGAGACGUUAACUGCGCAAUCAUGAGUUCAAUACAUUCUAGAGUAAUUGACCUUCACAAACGAACUAAACCGCAGCCUUUUGUUUGUAGUGGUUUUGCUUUAACUGCAUUUUUGCAAUCGCUGAGUGCCAUUUACACAAUUGAAGAAAUCAAUAACUCUACACUGCUUCCGGGGAUUAAGCUGGGAUAUGAAGUCUGUGAUCCCUGUGCAUCUCCCACCAAAGCACUGCACUGUUUGGAACAUUUACUGGCUGUUAAUGGAUCUCUGCCGGCCCUUAUGGACUACACAGACUUUCGUCCGCCGAUAAAAGCUCUUCUGGGAGAACAAUACUCAGAGUUAUCCAUCGCUAUGGCCAAGCUCCUCAGCCUCUACCUGGUUCCUCAGGUCAGCUGCUAUUCCUCUUCUCCAGUCCUGAGCGACAAACUGCGGUAUCCGUCUUUCAUGCGUGUGAUUCCGAGCGACAUCUACCAAGCUCUGGCUCUGGUCAAGCUCAUGUCUCAUUUCUCCUGGAACUGGGUUGGUGUCGUGUACGGAGAUGACGACUACGGUAGAGCGGCCUUCCAAAGCUUCAUGCAACAGUCAGAGGGAAAAAUAUGCGCUGACUUUGAGAAAGUGUUACCACACUACUUGGACCACGUCGAUAUCGAUAAGCACAUCAAAGAAGUCGCUCAGACUAUACGAAAUUCUAAAGCCAAGGUCAUGCUGCUCAUUCUGAAGCCGGAGCUGGUGGAGAAGCUUUUCAAGGAGAUGAUCCAAACCAACACGAAUAAAAUUUGGAUAGCGAGCGAUGCCUGGUCCGUGCACCGCUACUUAAUGAAGAUGAAAGACAUCAACAAAGUGGGUAAAAUCUUUGGCUUUUCCUUUUCCAUGGGAAUCACACCAGGGUUCGAAGACUACUUGAAAAACCUCAGGCCAACGCCAGGAGCAAGAAAUGACUUUAUAGAAGAGUACAAGCAGUUGAGAUUGAACUGCUCUCUGUCGCCCUCGACCUGCGCUGUAGAAGACAUGCUGCACACCGUGGACCUAAGAGAGGCCUACAGAGAGAGAGCAGCCAUAUAUGCGUUUGCUCAUGGGCUCAGAGCGCUUCUGAAAUGCAACGAGACCGCCUGCUCUGGAGACACCAACUUCCCACCCUGGCAGCUAUUGGAAAGUAUGCGCAGUGUGAAUUUCACCCUUGAUGGCAAAACAUAUUUCUUUGAUGAAAACGGUGACUUUGCGGAUGGUUAUGACCUCAUAAUGUGGAAGGAAAAUAAUGACGAACGCAUUAUUGAAGUCGUGGGAAAAUUCCUUCUGAAAAAUCAAAAAGUAGAGAUCUUCAGUCAGUUCCAGUGGUUAAAUAACAAUAUCUCCACGUCCAAGUGCUCAGAUCCUUGCAGACCUGGUACUGUGAAGAACCAGUCUGAGAUCUCCUGUUGCUACAGCUGCAUGGAAUGCCCUGAAGGAAAAUAUACUGAUGAACAGGAUAUGCCUAAAUGCCUGGAUUGUCCCAAAGACAUGUGGUCUAAUAAGGGGGACCACGAAUGCAGUAAGUUCCAGGAGAAGUAUCUGGAAUGGACUGCCAGUUAUCCCAUAGCUCUGUUAGCGGCUACAGCAAUAGGCUUGGUUCUAGUGUUGACUUCACUCAUCAUUUUCUGUGUGCACCGAAACACAAUAGUAAUCAAAAAGGCAGACAAUACAAUGUCUUGUUUCAUGUUACUGGGGUUGACGGUCAGCUUCGUCAGUGUUAUCAUGUUCAUCGGCAAGCCAAACUGGCAUCUGUGUCGGGCACAGCAGGCCGUGUACGGUCUCGGUUUCACUCUGUGCGUUUCAUGCAUACUGGUUAAAGCCUUCCGCACUUUCCUGGCUUUCAUGGCCUUUGAUCCGCACAAUCAGCAUAGGCUUAAAAAACUCUACAAGCCUCUCAUCAAUUUGGUCUUGCUUACCGGUGGUCAAGGUAUCAUCCUACUGUUCUGGCUGGUUUUCAAGUCUCCUUUCCCAGAUUUAAAGUGGCCUAGAACUGGCAUGUUAAAAUACAUUGUCUGUGACGAGGGCACCAUUGUAGGUUUUGCAGUGAUGCACGGUUACAUAGCUCUGCUGGCCUUCAUUUGUUUCUUUCUUGCUUUCAAGGGUAGAAAAGUCCCCAAUGAUUUCAACGACACUGGUGUCAUCAUCUUCAGUAUGUUGAUUCAUCUGUUUGUCUGGCUUUGCUUUAUUCCCAUUUAUAUUGACAGAAACCAGACCGAUCAGCGGCACAUUGUUCAAGCUUCAGCCAUCCUGGCCUCCAACUAUGGCAUAAUAUUUUGUCAUUUUCUCCCAAAGUGCUACAUAGUCCUGUGGGAACUGUCAGAGAACUCGAGGGCCACAAUCUUAAGCAGGUUGUCCCAACAGUGUCGCAACAUGCCAAGUUGAGUCAAAGACGCACUACCCAAUAAAGAUAAAGGGGCUGGCCAGAACAGCGAUUACAUAAACCAUUUUGCAUACACUGUAAAUAUGCCAAUACUGUACUCAUUUAAAUCUGAUAAAAGAGUGCUUUGAUUACUUUUGCAUUUUUGUACAUUUUUAUACAUAUAUUUAUACUUUAACAGGGAAUCUGUAUUUCUUAAUUAGUGUACUAAUUGUAAGGUGUUCAGACGUUAUUGCAAACAUGGUAAAACCAAUACUUGUUACACUGGUGAUAACUGUGAGAGGGGUUUCAGAAAUGUAGCUAUUGAUUUUGAUUCUAAUUAGUUCUUAAAAGUGCAUAUUAAAUAAAUAAAAAAGGGGGGGUGGGGGUGUAAAUAUUUAAGACCUGGAAAUGCUUUUACAUGUCAUUAGAGCUUGUAAAACAUUGUACACAUGCCUUAGUUAGUCUACAUUUUCCUGAUAUCAAACUCUUUGUAGCACCCAUAUUACCCAAGAUAGAUAAUGCUGAAAAUAUUUUACACAUUAUUUUUUAAGAUUUGUUAGGCUAGACCCUCACAAUAUUUCAGAAUUAUUGUCUCCACACAUAUAAUCAAGGUCUUUAUGAUUGUCAAAUCAAAAAAUGUUGUUCAUUUCAAGGUCUAAAGUAGCAACCAAGGGAAGUUGAGCAUUUACUGUUUUGGCAUUCAGACUUUGGAACAACCUUCCAUGAAGUUUGAAAUCAGCUCAGUCUGAAGCCGGUUUUAAGAAACUUUUAAAAGCCCUUUUGUAUAAACUGGCUUUUACUUAAUCUUAUUUAGAUUAUAUCUUCUCUCUCUCCCUCUCUUUAUGUGAAUAACUGUAUUAUGUGUUUAUGUCAUCAUGUGUUAAGGUUUACUGUUUGUUUUGUUUUGAUCGUUAUUAGUUUUUAUUCCAUGACAAAUUGUCUGGAACACUUGUAAAUUACUUUAUUGCUUGUAAUCGCAAACAAAUAAUAAAGCCAACUCAAACCACUGUUGCUUUAUCUGGUCCAUGGCACAGAAAUUACACACCUAUUCCUGUACUGUUUCUUUACACUUAAUAAACAAUAAAAACUGA